AUGUCGGAGAAGGAGGAAGCGAUUUUUCGCUCUGCUGAAAUGGCCUUAGUCCAGUUCUAUAUUCCUCAAGAAAUUUCAAGAGACUCCGCCUACACCUUGGGUCAAUUGGGCCUCGUGCAAUUCCGUGAUUUGAACUCUAAAGUGCGUGCGUUUCAAAGAACUUUCGUGAACGAAAUUAGAAGACUGGAUAACGUGGAAAGACAGUACCGUUACUUUUAUUCUCUUUUGAAAAAACACGACAUAAAGCUUUAUGAAGGAGGUACGGACAGAUAUUCGGAUGGCUCAGGUGAAUUGUAUGUUCCACCAAGUGGCUCUGUGAUAGACGACUAUGUUCAAAACGCCUCUUACCUGGAAGAAAGGUUGAUUCAAAUGGAGGACGCAACUAAUCAAAUUGAAGUGCAAAAAAAUGAUUUGGAACAAUACCGCUUUAUCUUGCAAUCAGGUGAUGAGUUCUUCUUGAAAGGGGACAACAUUGACAGUACCUCUUACAUGGAUGAAGACAUGAUUGACGCCAAUGGAGAAAACAUUGCAGCUGUUAUUGGUGCUUCUGUGAAUUAUGUUACUGGUGUCAUUUCAAGAGAUAAAGUUGCCACUUUAGAACAAAUUCUUUGGAGAGUGUUAAGAGGUAACCUUUUUUUCAAAACUGUUGAAAUUGAUGAUCCUGUGUACGAUGCCAAGUCAAAGGAAUUCAAACAAAAAAAUGCCUUCAUCAUAUUCUCGCAUGGUGAUCUAAUCAUUAAAAGAAUUAGAAAGAUUGCAGAAUCGUUGGACGCCAGUUUGUACGAAGUUGAUUCUUCCAACGAAGGUAGAUCACAACAGUUGGCGAAAGUUAACAAGAGUCUGACUGAUUUGUACACUGUUUUGAAAACCACCUCCACUACUCUGGAAAGCGAAUUAUAUGCUAUUGCCAAAGAGUUGGAUUCUUGGUUCCAAGAUGUUACCCGUGAAAAGGCUAUUUUUGAAAUUUUGAACAAAUCUAACUACGAUACGAAUAGAAAGAUUUUAAUUGCAGAAGGUUGGAUUCCAAGGGACGAAUUAUCCAUCUUGCAAGCUCGUCUUGGUGAGAUGAUUACCAGAUUGGGUAUUGAUGUUCCAUCUAUCAUUCAAGUGUUGGACACAAAUCACACUCCACCUACUUUCCAUAGAACCAACAAAUUUACCGCUGGUUUCCAAAGUAUCUGUGAUUGUUACGGUAUUGCACAAUAUAGAGAAAUAAAUGCUGGUCUACCUACAAUUGUGACUUUCCCAUUCAUGUUUGCUAUCAUGUUUGGUGAUAUGGGUCACGGGUUCUUGAUGACUUUAGCCGCAUUGUCUCUUGUGCUAAAUGAAAAGAAAAUCAACAAAAUGAAGAGAGGUGAAAUUUUUGAUAUGGCCUUUACCGGUAGAUACAUCAUUUUGUUAAUGGGUGUCUUUUCCAUGUAUACAGGGUUUCUCUACAAUGAUGUCUUUUCCAAGACAAUCACCAUCUUUAAGUCAGGUUGGAAAUGGCCUGAUCACUGGAAAAAGGGUGAAAGUAUCACUGCUACUUCUGUGGGAACAUACCCUAUUGGUUUAGAUUGGGCUUGGCAUGGUACCGAAAAUGCUUUGUUAUUUUCGAACUCGUACAAAAUGAAAUUGUCAAUCCUCAUGGGGUUCAUUCAUAUGACCUAUUCCUAUUUCUUCUCCUUGGCCAACCAUUUAUACUUUAACUCCAUGAUUGAUAUUAUUGGUAACUUUAUCCCUGGUUUGCUAUUUAUGCAAGGCAUUUUCGGUUAUCUUUCCGUUUGUAUUGUUUAUAAAUGGGCCAUCGAUUGGGUCAAAGACGGAAAGGCUGCACCUGGGUUGUUGAACAUGUUGAUCAACAUGUUCUUAUCACCAGGAAACAUCGAUGAUGAAUUAUACCCUCAUCAAGCAAAAGUCCAAGUGUUCUUGUUGCUGAUGGCCUUGGUUUGUAUUCCUUGGUUGUUAUUGGUGAAACCGUUGCAUUUCAAAUUCACUCACAAAGAGAAAUCUCAUGAACCAUUACCAUCAACCGAAGCAGAUGCUAGUUCGGAGGAUUUGGAAGCACAACAGCUGAUUUCCGCAAUGGACGCCGAUGACGCUGAAGAGGAAGAAGUUGGUUCUGGCUCUCAUGGUGAAGACUUCGGUGAUAUUAUGAUUCAUCAAGUUAUUCAUACAAUUGAAUUCUGUUUGAACUGUGUUUCACAUACAGCAUCUUAUUUACGUUUGUGGGCCCUAUCAUUAGCACAUGCUCAAUUGUCUAGUGUUUUAUGGACAAUGACAAUCCAAAUUGCCUUUGGAUUCAGAGGGUUUUUGGGGGUGUUUAUGACUGUUGCACUUUUUGCCAUGUGGUUUGCCCUAACAUUCGCAGUCCUAGUUUUGAUGGAAGGUACAUCUGCCAUGUUACAUUCCCUACGUCUACAUUGGGUUGAAUCUAUGUCCAAGUUUUUUGUGGGUGAAGGUUUACCUUAUGAACCAUUCGCAUUCGAAUACAAAGAUAUGGAGGUGGCUGUUGCUAAUGCAAGCUCUUCCGCUUCAACUUAA